AUGGCUCCGUCCCUCUUCAACUUUAAGGAACUGCGGAGGCGGUCCAGGCAAAGCUUCCGGACCGAACGAUCGACCGAUACGUCUAGCGACGCCAGUAACGGUACUACUCCUACUUCUGGGUCCUCGACGCCGCCAUCGAUCGGCCAGCAAUCCGAUCCCGCUUUGAAUCUGCAAUUGGCAGACAAAUUCCUCUCCCCGUCCUCUGCCGGUCUCUCACGCCCAUCAGCCCAGCCAUACCCCAACGGUGGCAGCAACCGAUACAGCGUAUCAGGCAUGGCAGGUCUUGGGUCACCUGUUUCAAACGGCGGGAAGGGCCCAAGUUUGCCGGUGUCCCAGUACUCGCCCCGGAUCACAAAUGUGCCAGACAAUUCCUGGGCAUAUCAAAAGAUUUUGUUGGUCUAUGGUACAGUUGGCGACCCCUCUCAACAGUCGGUUGACGGGACAGUCACUGUGAGCCGCUUGGACGACAACUUCCCUCCAGUCUCGUGGCCAGUAUGCAACUCCCACUUCAAGGCACUUGUUUACAUGAUGCCCGGCGCCAAUCGCCUGCGCUUUGACUUCUCUAGCCCCAAGCUUGCCAACAGUGGAUCUUCCAACCCUAUUCACGCUUCCUACCUGACGGUUCAUAUGAUUCCUCCGGUUGCUGCACCACCACUGCAGCUUGCCAUACUGUUGGCAAAGGAUUCACCAGGCACGUUCGAUGCAGUCCCGGCCAGGAUCGAGAGGGAGGGUAAUGGCCUCGACACGGCGGUCCGCAAGCUCCGCAUGGCUGCGUACCUGUGGCAAGCCUUUACUGCGGAACAGAUGUGGCGCAACAAAUUCGGCCGUCGCACUUUUAGGUUUGAGGAGGAGUGGACGACAGGCACGGUCAACCAACGAGACAGGGAAAAUGGGACGAUGCGCUCCGAGGCGCGUGUUCAUGUCAUCCGAACCGACAAAACACUGGCAGAGCUACGGGAUCUGAACAGGGCACAGCAGAAUCCUAAUGCAUCCGACUCAGGGGGCCUAUAUAGCAUUGCCGCCGACGCUGUGCGCGACUAUUUCAAACCGCUACCCGGACAAAAGUUGUACGUGUCGGUUCUCCUGCUCGAUGCCCAUUGGGACACGGCCUCCAAGACAAUCGUGGGACAUGCUGCGCUGGGCGGAAAUGUUGGCGAUCUGCACCUGGGUGUGUUUGGGUCUCAUUGCCUCCAGAGCUACCCAACGAGCUUCGAGGAGGUUGUCCCUGCUUUUACCGACUGUACGCCUACAGACACGAACCAUGUGGGCAACGACUGCAAUGAUGCCGGGAGCUCGUGGGAGGCGGCCAACAUAGGAAUCGGCGCCCACAUGCACGAAACCGGGCACCUCUUUGGCUUGCCACACCAGGAGAGCGGGGUCAUGCUGAGGGACUACGUUACGCUGAAUCGUACGUUUGUCUCCCGCGAAGCAUACUCGACCCGAACGCGGUCCAAGGGCGGUCCCGUGACACAGGAGGACGAGUGCACCUGGCACCGUCUGGACUGUCUACGCUUUCGCAGCCAUCCGUGCUUCCGACUGCCAAACGACAUGGUGCUGAAUUCGGAUGACAGCGUGCAGGCAUGGCCGGUAGAUGGCCUGACCGUCAUGGCAGCCACGGGUGUGUCGUUCAUCGAAAUCUUUGGCGAAGGGGAUGACGUGUGUCACAGUUGGAUCGAGUACCCCGCCGAAAAUGGCAGUGUCCAACGGUCAGUCACGCUGAGCGAGCAGGACUUGCGAAGCCGACUGCCCGAAGGUAAGCGGAAGGGAACCAUCAAGCUGGCGAUCAAGUCCCACGGCGGUGGCUCAUUGGAUAUUGACGACUACAGCAAGUUCUGUUCGACCAAGUCUUGUCUGAAACUCCCAAGCGCUCUUCCUGGGAUUCCCAAGAAUGCCUACCGUGGCAAGAAGCUGGGAGCGUCGCAGCUGGAAGGUAGCCAGCCUCAUGAAUUUAUCUUCACCAGUGCUUUGAGACAAGACCGGGUCUUGUCACGUAUUAUCUUUUACCACGGCUUGGCUGUGGAUGGCUUGGAGUUUGUUUAUGACGACGAUUCAAGACAAUUGUUUGGCAAGAGAGGCGGAAAAGAAGGGGGAGACACUUUUGAUAUGGAUAUUCGCCGUGGUGAAUACAUUACCGGCUUUUUUGUUCGCUCUGGCUUUUGGGUGGACGCUAUUCAGGUCUUGACAAGUUUGGGAAGAAGAUCGCCAUUGUUUGGUAAUGCCCACGGAGGCGAUGCCCACACACUGAUACCCCCCAGAGGCUACAACAUCUGCGGUGUCACCGGCAGCUGCGGCUCCUGGGUGGACGGCUUUUCCGUUAUCGUCACGAGGUGA